UUUCUGGAGGGGAGCGGCAGGAGGUGGCACAGAACUAUCUAUGUCCGAAACACGUUCUCCCUGGCAGAAAGGCCUGGAAGGACAGUCAGGCAUUGAAGUCCUGUGUUCGGUCCGAGAGGAAUCCUCAGGGACUGGCACAGCACUGCCCCGAUGGCCGCGGAGCAGGCGCCGGGUGCUGGCAGCGCCGCGUUUCCCCGUCGGUGUGAAUUUGCAGCGGUUGCCUCCGAACAGCCUGGGACGAGGCCCGGGCUCCCGGCCGCGCUGGCUGAGGGCUCGCUCCGAGCCAGGCCCGGGAACACGCGCGGCGGCGGGCGCGGGCCCGGCCCUGCCCGGCAGACCUCGGGCAAUCCCAUUGCCGGGAUCGGCACACCAAAAUGGCGCCCGCGCCGUCCGGCCGCCGCCGCGCCGGGAUCGCGGCCCCGGCCGCCGCCCGCCUGCGGCCCGCGGAGGGCCCGCGGGCCCGGCGUUAAUGGCGCGGGGUCGGGGCGCUGCUGCGCGCGGGCCGAGGCUGCGCCGGCGGGGACGGAGCGGCGGCAGGUCAGUGGCGGCUCCCGCGGGAGGGGCACCGCGCUCCGCCAUGAGCGGGGCCCGGCGGGGGGGCCGCUCGCAGGGCACAGACAGCGCGGGGCCGCCGCGCCGCACCGGGGCCCGCGCGGGCCGGAGAGCCGACGGCAGCCGCCGCCCGCGGGCCCCGCGCUCCCGUGGCUGCGCGGGCAGCGCCGCACCGCGCUGCGCGGAAGGGACGGGACGGGACGGGGCGGCACUGCGCGGGGGCAGCGCCCUCCUGCGGGCGGCGGCGGCCGGGCCGGGCCGGGGCCGGGAGGGGAAGCCCCGGGGCCGCGGAGCCCACCCGCGGCGGGAAGGGCCGUGGCGGUGGGAGCGGAGCCGCUGCGGAGCGCCCGGGCACAGCUCGUCCUGCGUGUCCGAGCGAGGCGCUGCCGAGGCCGCACGGGCUGUUCCGGGCGGUGGAGAAAUCAUGGGCAGCGUAAAGCGGGCAGUGAGAGAAUGGAGGUCGGGAUUCUAAUAGUGGCAAAGAGUCCCAGCCCUGAAGGAAUGGUUCGUCGCGGGGCACGAAAGAUGACAGUCAUGUCCCAUUCAAAGGAUCUCAAGGACGACUUCCACAGCGACACUGUACUUUCCAUUCUAAAUGAACAGCGCAUUCGGGGUAUUUUAUGCGAUGUCACCAUAAUUGUGGAAGACACCAAAUUUAAAGCCCACAGUAAUGUGCUGGCAGCUUCAAGCCUUUACUUUAAAAACAUUUUUUGGAGUCGUACUAUCUGUAUUUCAGGUCAUGUACUGGAGUUAGAUGAUCUCAAAGCUGAAGUGUUUACAGAGAUACUGAAUUACAUCUACAGUUCCACAGUAGUUGUUAAGAGGCAGGAAACUGUAACGGACCUUGCAGCUGCAGGGAAAAAACUGGGAAUAUCAUUUCUAGAAGAUCUUACAGAUGUAAAUUUUUCAAGUUCCCCCUGUCCCUAUUCGUACUGUGUUAAUGAAAAAGGGACUGUCAAAGAAGAAAAACAUGAAAAGCGACAUGAAGAUUCUGCCGUGACAAAUGGACCGCGAAUUACAAAUGCAUUCUCAAUUUUUGAAACAGAAAACAAUUUGUUUUCUCCCCUUGAUUUGAGGGCCAGCUUUAAAAAGGUAUCUGAUACAAUACAAGCCCCCAACAUCGGCCUCAACAGAAGCGAUGUGUGCAAAGAUGCUGAGCCAGCCAGUACCUUGGCUGAACACUCCUAUGCCGUUUCUUCUGGGGGAGAUACUUCACAAGGAGCACCUUUUGUUGAGCAGGACAGCAGCCCUUCAUACCAGGCGGGUGAGGACCGCUAUGAAAAUCACCAAGCCACCCCAGUCAUUCAGCAGGGAAAACAAGCUGGUAGUACUCCUAAGUCAACCUUUAAGCCCCAGGGUGCUGGUUUGGCUGUAGCAAAAGUACCAGUCUCUACUGUAACAACUGCAGAAGCCCAGCAUGAAGCAGUUACUGAACAGACAAUUACUUCCUUUCCAAAAUCUCAAAAUAAAGCAGGAGAUUUGCAUGUGUCCAGGGAAGAGGAAAACACUUCUGCUAAUGUCUCUGCAUCUGGGGCAACUACCACUCCACCUGUUUACAGUUGUAACCGUUGUGCAAAAUCAUUCAAUGACCGCGUGUUACUCACUGCUCACCUUCAGCUCCAUUCAGAGCAUCAAGAAACUUUCAUAUGCAAAUACUGCAGCAAACAAUUUGCAAAUGUAAAUAUACUGGAAAGUCAUGAACAAGUCUGCAUGAGAUCAAGUAACUUACCAGCUCACAAUGGAAAUGAACAAAAUUUUGCAGAUAACUGUGCUGCUACAGAGGGACAGAAUGGAAGUUCCUAUGCGAACACAGAGCCUCUGUUGUCUGAGAACAGCAUCACUGAUUGUUCCAAUGCAAACUGCACUUUACCAGAAACGGAUCAUUUGGUGAAAGUCGUCGAUGGGCAGAUAUUAUACACUUGUGUUGUUUGCAAGCGUAGUUAUGUCACACUGUCCAGCCUUCGAAGACAUGCAAAUGUGCAUUCCUGGAGAAGAACGUACCCUUGCCACUACUGCAAUAAAGUCUUUGCGUUAGCGGAGUACCGCACCAGACAUGAGAUCUGGCACACUGGAGAGAGGCGCUACCAGUGCAUUUUCUGUCUGGAGACCUUCAUGACUUACUAUAUACUGAAAAAUCACCAGAAGUCUUUCCAUGCGAUUGACCAUCGCCUGUCAGUAAAUAAAAAGACGGCCAAUGGCGGUUUAAAACCAAGUAUGUACCCAUACAAACUGUAUCGACUCCUACCUAUGAAAUGCAGGCGACUGCCUUAUAAAUCCUAUCGAAAUUCUUCCUAUGAAAAUGUUCCAACAAGUACCCAGGCUAAUGAAAAUGCUUCUACUAACUGUUUCAUUCCGAGUUCUCUUAGCUCUGAGCUACCACCGCUGAAUUUUCAACAUAGUAUAAUGUCAAACAACAGAACCCUGGCCUUGGAUACAACUUCGUGUAAUAAUACAGCAUCUUCCACAAAUACUCAGAAUUCUUCCUCUUGGGGAGUAGGUAUCUUAAAUUCUGAUCUGCAGAGGGACUUUUUCCCAGCUGAAAAAAGAGUUUCCACUGCUGCAAAUGACUCAGGUUCACAGGAGUGUGAUUCUUCAGUUGUGUCUUCAGCUAACGUGAAUGAAAAUUCAACCUCUGUCAUCAGUUACAGCAGUUCUGCACCCUCUGUUAUAAUGCACAGUAGCAGAGUGUCAUCAGUAAUAAUGCACAGUAAAACAGUCACUUCCAUAGAAAACAGUAAGACAGAAUCUUCAAAUAACCUACCCAGUCAGUCAGUAAGUGACAGCUGUAAGUAUGGGUCAGAUAAUCACGGGAAGUGCAUUACAAAAUCAAAAACUAUCAAGGAGAAAAAGAAAACACUGCUGUACAACAGAGCAGAAGCAACUGAGGAUACGCAGCAUGUGACAGGAUCUGGAGGUUCAUGUAGCAAAACUACAAAUACUGUCCAAGAGUCCAGUAAAACUGAAACAUACAUUGCAAAGCCUGCCUUACCUGGAACAUCUGCUGACAGCAACGUCGCACCUCUCUGUCAGAUAACAGUAAAAAUCGGUAAUGAAGCCAUUGUAAAAAGACAUAUAUUAGGAUCUAAGCUGUUUUGUAAAAGGGGCCGAAAAUCCAAACAUGAGUCCAAACAGGACAAUCUCAUUGAAGAACCAGAAAUGGAGGUAAAAGAAAAAAGUCCAUCUAGACUCUACAGCUCAGAAUGCCUGGAGCUAACAGAAAUGUGUGAUGAUGUUAGUGACCAGGACUCCAGUGAUAAACCCUGGAGACCCUAUUACAAUUACAAACCAAAAAAGAAAUCCAAACAACUAAGAAAAAUUAAAAAGACCAAGUGGAGGAAAAAGCACGGAAGCAAAAAUGCUGCUAUGGAAAGCCACAACACGUGUGGUCGAGAGUACAAGCUCAGGAAUGCUCCCGAGGAAAAGGCGGUCAGCCAGGAGGAGAACACAGAAAUGCCUAAUCUUCAUUGUGAGCUCUGUGAAAGAGACCAGUCUUCCACAGCAGAAGCUCAAGAACACGUACACUUGCAUGUAGCUGCUUCAAAGCCUUACACUUGUGAGUUAUGCCAAAAACAAUUUCAAAGUCCAUCAACUUUAAAAAUGCAUAUGAGGUGUCACACUGGGGAAAAGCCCUACACUUGCAAAACCUGUGGUAAAUGUUUCUCAGUUCCUGGAAAUCUACAGAAACACGAACGUAUUCACCUGGGUGUCAAAGAUUUUGUCUGCCAAUACUGUAAUAAGGCAUUUACUUUAAAUGAAACACUCAAAAUACAUGAAAGAAUUCAUACUGGAGAAAAACGCUACCACUGUCAGUUCUGCUUUCAGAGCUUCUUGUACCUUUCUACCAAAAGGAACCAUGAGCAAAGGCACGUACGUGAACACAAUGGAAAAGGAUAUGCUUGCUUUCAGUGCCCCAAAAUUUGCAAGACUGCAGCUGCUCUGGGAAUGCACCAGAAGAAACAUCUAUUCAAAAGUCCAGGCACACAAGAUAGAAAAGAACAGUUUUGCAAUGAAAGCACUAAACUUUUGGAAAACCCACAUUUCCUUGGCUCAGAAGGAAGCAAAGUGAAAAAUACAGAAAAUAUAACUCCAGAAGUUAUACUCUGAGUGACAAUUGUGCAAAACAGAAGAAAAAUCCAAAACUAUAUAUUGGAGAAAAUAAAGAUGUAUUGAAUGGGGAAACAUAUCAGUAAGGUCAAAUUUCUUCAUCUAAAUGUGUGUCAAUAUAUGCAAAAGAAAAAAAUAACACAGAAAAAAUAGCAUUUGCAAUAAUACAAAUUUAAUUUGGAGCACCCAAAAUACUUUUGCCACAACAGACUCUAACAUAGAGAGAAAGAAAAAUGACCAACCUAAGCCCUUCUACUUAGCAUUACAAGAAGCUUGUCACUGAACUAUUUAACAGUUCUGGUUUUGAGUCAGAAUCCUUCAAAGCAAAAGAAAUAAGUAGGUUCAUCUGUAGGUUCAUCGUGUAUUCUGUAGAAGGAAUUUUUGCUGCAGAAACCAUAUAUUGCAUUUUUUUUAACAAAAGUAAUGUGUUUAUAAAGGAAAUAAUUGUAAUCUUGUGUAUUCUAAAGUGAAGGUGGGAAAUGUUUCAUGGGCUUGGGUGUGCCGAAGUACAUUUGAGUUCUGCCAUGCUUUUCUCUAACUCAGCCUUUACAAAACAUAUUCAGGAGUUUAAACUACUCUUUUCCUUUCCAUAUUCAGUUUUGUAGCUACCAUAAUAACUGUUAAGUCUGAGUGCUGGUGUGAGAAGUAUUCCAGAUUUAUAUAUCUAUGAGGUGAUAAAAGUUCAGUGGAGCUUGCUAUAGCUAGUCUUCCAAGCUGCAUAAAUCCCCAUGUCAGUGGCCUGGUGAGCUUUUCAUUAGUGCAUUGGUCUAAAGAAAAUUGUUCUCAUGAAACAGAAAUCCUGUAUAGAAACGUCCACUUCCUGGUGGGUCUUCAACUCUUGUCUUUUAGAAAUACAGUUCUUCUCAACACAAGAACAUGUAGACGGAGUUUUCCUCCUCAUCCUGGAAGAAUGCUUGGACACAAGCUAUAGAGCAACUCCCCGUAAAUACUUUGGUUUUGAGAGGAGUAGGUAAAUAAGACUUCUGCUUCCAUGUAUAUCCCUGAGGCCAUCCCUGUGUAUAAACAGGUGUAGGGCCAGUUUGUGGGGUUCCCUGUCAUCUCCAUGCCUUAAAUGCAACAUUUAACCUUCAGAUGUCCCUUCUCAGUGAUCCCACCAACCAUUCCAGCAGUGUCCUGCUGGAGGAAGAAGUGUUGGCCUUCCUGCCUCCCUCAUCCUGCCACAGCAAAGGAUUGUGGUGAGCCUUGCAGCUGCACAGUUCACUAACAACUGGGAGAAGGGAUUCUGAAAGACAGCACCAAAAUAUUCCAGUUAAUACCAUUUUGUAGAAGUGUGAUUCAUCUUAACUGAGAUGCUUAAAAAAGUCCAAGCAGGUGUGUGUCUGCAAGUUGCAUUUUAUAUGAUAGGGCUCUGUUGUACCGUAUCUGCAUUUCCAAUAGUCAUGUAUGUUCAUCCCUGUGAAGUGUUAAAAAAUUAAGUCACAACAAGAGGGUUACUGGUUCUCGACUUCAUUCUCUGUGAUGGUUCACAAUUUGUUACUUAACUUUGUCUUCUUGAACAUUUUAAAAGAAACUAUAGCUUGGGUACAAUAAAACUACAAUUGAAAUGAUAAUACAGUAUUGACUGAAGUAAUAAUACAGUCCACUUACUUAUUCUAUCACUGGUGAAUGCUGUGAACCCUUUGAGAAAUUCUGGUUUCAUGGCAGCUUUGGUUCCAUUUGAAAAAAGGAAAAUAGAAUAAUAAACACAGGAAAGUUUCAAAGAAAGUACACAAAGAUAUCUUCUAAGUGGACUUGUAUGGUGAUAAAUAUAGACCAAAGCAAAUAAGGUAGAAUAUUUAUAAAUACAAAGAUAAUUUUACAAAUAUUUUAUAUAACUGUAUAGUUCAUAAGAAGAAUAUUGUUAGCUUGUGUUAGGUUUGGGGGGGUUUGUAUAUUUUGAUAAAAACAACAACGACUUUGUAACUCUGUAUAUUCUCUACAGUUUAUAGCAAAGCAGUUUUAAGAUGGCAAUGUCAUGUUUAUAGUUCAAUUGUGGCACUUUUACUACAAGUAACAUGUUGCAGUAAUGAAUCAAGUAUUAAUGACCAAAUUAGAAUUAAAGUAAGUGUAAGAGAAGGUAAAUACUAUACGUUGUCAAAGACUGUAAUUUGCUACAUAAUUGCAUCUGUAUUUUUGUUUAGAAGAAAAUAUUAAAUGCAGAUGUUAAGGAUUGAUAAAGAGUCUAAUUUUAUUUUUAGAAAGAGUGAUUAUAACUCUGUUUUUGCUUAAUUAAAAUAACAUAUUCCUAUUUUUCUGUAAGUCUCUCCAUUU